AUCGAAAUUCUUAGAACGAUGAGUGAAUCUUCACUUACAUUGAUGAGUGACAAUGAAGUAGCGAUAUACGAGCGCAAGCCUUGCAAGAUGUUGCUCGAGGCAUUGUCGAUAAAAUCUGUGUCCACAUUUCGUCGGAACUGGCUCUCUCUGUGUAAGUUGACAAAUUAAACACAGCAAAUCGUCGUCAAUUGGACUCAUGAAAUCCUCUCUAAAUGAACGUUUUUCAUUUUCAAGACUUUGCAAUUAACUCCAGUAAAGUUAAUCGUCUGUUGGCCGCUUUACACAGACUGACUGAAAACAAAUCUCUCAAAACAAUCCAAAAUUUAUGUAAAAUGGCUAUGCUUGACUGAGUCGCAUUAAAUUCUACGAAACUUGGAACAGUUUCCUUCAACCCGUCUGAGCGAGAAAAGACCACGCUUGAACUCAUCAGAAAAUACGCGACCUUAGAGUCCUUCUUUUGAUCAUUACGUUAAAAUUUAAAUGGAGCAAUGUCAUCAUAAGGGAAAGUAAGAAUUUUUUUUUCGAGCUAAGGCAAAUUUUCCCCGAUAUAUGAAGAUUUUUACUUUCCAUAAACAUCAUUUGUUCCCUGCUUUUUCAGCGAUUUUUAGGCUGAAGUAAAACGACAAAUCUCAACAAAUCUAAAAAUAAUCUAAAAUGCCUCGUAGAAUUCAACAAACCGAUUGAUAUAGACCAAUAAGCGUGAAGACACGGACAAUGCUUCUUCAGGCCACGAAGAGGACUUUGUGGAAGAAGUAAAUGUCCCAUAUGUCAUUUACCGCUAAAGGAACCGGUUCUUACAAGAUUUGGCCACAGAUAUUGCAAAGAAUGUCUUGACGAGCACAUUGGAAGGUACGAGUUUAUGACAAGCAGCUUUCAGUAUUGAUUGCUCACUUAAUCUAAUCACCCAAGAGAAUUCAUGACUGGAUGUCAGUGUGUUUCAACUGAAUUGAAUCACUACCAAAGUCGAAGUCCAUCUUAUUAAUCUAAUCAGAGAAUGAUGGUCGGUUGCAUGAUCUUAAACAUCAGUUGCAGGGAUAAUAACCACCACAGUAAUUAACUCGGUGAUGCAAUUUUUCAAUUUCUAGCAUUGCAUUCGAUUAGUUUCAAUCAAAAUACGCGCCUAACUUCCUCUAAAACGUGGCACGAUACAUUUUCUGAAUUGUCAAAAGUAAUGAACGGGUUUCAUACUCACUCGUCCAAAGAGCAAAAUAUCUUAGAAUCGAAAGCGGAAAUCGGUAGUACAAUUAUCUACUGCAAGUGCGAUUGCUGUUCAAAGUUCAAAUCUCAUCUCCUUAUUCAUUACUUUGUGCUUAGAAGUGCUGCGAUACUACUAGACCAAUCACGCUAUUCAAGGUUUCAGUUCGCCUCAUUUGUCAUCCACAACUUAAUUGUUCCGCCACGAAAUUACAUGAUUAUAUAGACUUAUUUUAUCUACCUUGUUAAUUGUAAAUUGUCAAUGCAAUGAAAUAUACUCGCUCGGAAAAAUCCUAACAAGGGCUUCAUUUUUUUAUUACUUCUUAAGUCUUGACCAUUCUCAAUGGUUUGACUUGUUAGAGUCUUCCUCAAACACACGUUUUACUUUUAUAACUAAAUAUUUUUAACAGUUUUCUCUUUUCUUUAGUCUACUGUUUUUUUCUUCUUGAAAUACACCUUACUUAUUUGAAUUUUUCUUAAUUAAAUACUCCCUAAUAAAGGCUCUUAUAAAGAGAAAGCACUUAUGUUCAGGUCAAUUACCACCUUAGGACGACGUAAAAAUUAUGUUAAUGUGAUUAUUUCUAAGGAAAUUUUCCCUGAUAAAGCAACAGAAAGGAAGAUUCUCUCUCUAACGAUCAGAUGUCCAAAUAAUGGCUGUGAAUGGACUGGGAAGCCGACCAACAAGAAGGUAAAACUAGCACAUAUUUCGAUAAAUGUCAAUAAACAACUUCAUCAGCAUAAGUUAUUGUUUUCGUCUGUUGAAAUAACAAAGCCACAGACAUCGUUCAAGUUCGUACAUGUAGAAGCAAUACAUAGAGACGACGGGCUUAAUAAUUCUUAACUUCUCAUGAUCAGGGAGAGUAAGGAACCAAUGCCCAAACUAAAGUUGUUUUCGUUUUAUUUGUUGAACAGGUCCACUUGGAAUCUUGCCCUUUUCAGCAAGUAGCGUGUGCCAACAAGAACUGUCACGAAAAAGUCCAAAGAAACCAUCUUACACAUCACGAAAAUAAUGUGUGUCCAUGGAGAAUCCUUCAAUUUACAUACUGCACGGAGCCCCACCCAGAUUGCAUAAUGCAAGUAAGAAUUGUAAAAGUGGAGGAAUCCAAGAAAAAUAACACACCUCUUGCCAGGAAAUCUGUUGUUUCUGUCGAAAAUAUUGAGAACCUUAAAAUUAAAUAGGAAUUAGAGUAUAUAGAUAACAAAAUAUAUUUUCGAACUUUAAAAAGGGUCUCAAUGGGGUUAUUGCUUUUACGAAGUAUUAGUUAAAAGUUUGGCCUCUUUACGGCUAAUUUUCAAUAUUUUUCCAUUGCGCUCAUUAAAAGAAUUCCACGGUUGAUUUUUUACGACUAACGGUUUAUAAUUUGUCAAUUUUUCACGCCCAACGGCUAAAUUUUUGGCCUUUUUAAAGCUAACGGCUAACCCCAUUGACAUUCUCUUAAAAGCCCGAUUCCCGACGGAAAUUGAUUGAAAAAAAAGGAAACAGAGAGAAAUCAAAUUUCCACAUUCCUGUAUUUAUUUUAUUCUUUUUUGUGUGUUUAGGGCCAUAUUAGACAGUGCAGCAAGUUCCCAGUGGCUUGUCCAAACAGCUGUGAUCGUUGAAUUCCAAGGGACAUGGUGAGACUUUCAGGUUUAUCUGUGAUAGAUAAUCUGGUCCUGGUUGUUCGAAGGUUGGAUAGUGCUAUCCACUGUAUAAAACUCUAUUCGGUGGAUAACGCCAUAUCUUUUGCUAUCAAUUAUCUGCUGGAUAGCGAUUUAUCCGUUUGAUAGCGUUAUCCGCCCUUUAUACAACUGGACCCUAAAGUUUGCAGCGAAUCUUUUGCGACUAGAUGCAGCUUUAAUACACAAUAUUUUUCUUUCAAGCAUCAACUUACACCUUUUUACUUUAAAAUUUCCUUAGAUAAUGUAAAACAUACAAAAUUAUGAAUCGUAAAAACAAUUCCGACGGACAUACAGGCGGAUGCCUCACAGCUAUAAAAAUUUCUGACAAAUGGUUCUUAUUGGUGCUUGAUCAAAAGUUUCUUUAAUUAGGUUCAUAAUCACAGGCAAACAAUAUUAAAGAGAGAAAAAUGCCAAACAAUUCCUUUUUUGCUUUAUUUAAAGCUUCACACGUUAUUUCCCCGUUACAUCUCAUUCUCACUGAACAACAACAAACCACCUUUACAGGCCGCACUCAUUCUUUUUUCAGCCCGUUCCAGGCUCUCAGUCAAUGAAAAACGCAAAACAGCGAAGGAGAGCCACAUUGUUAUGAGAACCUCAUUGUGAUGUCCUAACGACAGUUGUCGGCGAUCAUCGAUUGAUUUUGAAUUUCUUUAUCAACACUUGCAUCUACGUCAAUCACUUGACUUCAUAUGAUGGAUUCCAAAAACAGUGCUACAGUUCUAUUCAUUAGAUUCGAUUUCCACUCGAAAAUGGCAGAUGAGCGAAAAGUGGCAUCUGUAGUCGUCAGAGAAAAGGCUUUAGAACUUAAAGUGACACCCACGUUCAAUCUCGCCACCCCUUCAAUGCUCUUUUCCACAAAAAGAUUUUGGUGUGUGCCAUUCCUUUUUAUUCUAGUCCUUUAUUUCAUGUGAUGCAGGUUUCGAAUCACACUAAAGAUGAGUGUCCGCUGACCAUAAUUUCCUGUCCAUAUGCAGGAAUGGAUUGUAAUACAAAGGUGAGAAAUUAAUGUAACAGACCCGGAGAAACGCAUGUGCCUUAUGACUUUAUAUUCCAUCGUGGUACGCUUCGUAUUUGAUAUUGUCAAGAAGAAUUGUAGAAGCCAUUUUUUUAUAUACAAAAUGUUCCCAGCAGCUACGAAAUGAAGCAGACAGUUUCGGGCGGGUAUGGUGGAUGGACCAAUAUCUGCCGCUAAUAGCCAAUACCUUCACAUUAAUAAAGUAAUCUUGCUCAUUUAUGGAGGCAGUCAUGUAAUAAAUGACCUUCCUAGUCAAAAGUUCGAGGAAAUAUAACCAACAGGAAAGAUUCUGACGAGUGUGUUGACGAUCACGUGAAACCGUUAUCAAAAAGAACUUUAAAUCAAAUUAGCUGUUUUAGUUGAGGGCUUAGUUUAAGGCAUGUAUAAUUUCUGGUAAAUGAAGUAUAAAUUUUCAUGUAGGUCCAACGUCAAGAAAUGGAGUAUCAUCUUGAAUCGGCAACAAGAAUCUAUCUUGCUUUACUUUGUAUUAAAUUAAAUAACACGGAAGACAUGUUAAAUAAGACAGAAUAUGAGCUGAAUACCACAAAAGCUUUGUUAAAUGAGACAAGAGUUGAGUUGAAAAAUGCCAUGGCACUGCUAGAGUUGUCGAGCGUAAAACAUAACAACGCGUUUCUUUGGCGGAUUGACAGUUUCAGCGACAUGUUGAAAGAAACCAAAAACGGAGGAAAAAGAGAAUAG